GCUAAUUUUAAAAAAGCAUGUUUGGAAAAGCCACAUACAUAUAUUAAUCACUGACUAUACAGAGUGGGAGAAGCUAUGGAGGGCGGGAGUCAGGUGUCAGGACGUCACAGAGGCUCCUAAAAUGAGCAAAGUUUCGAAGCUUUUCAAGGGGAGCUCGAGCUCCUCCAGCUCCUCCAAGGCCAAACACCACCACCGGUCGAAGGGGGGCCCGUCUGCCCAGGAGGCCAUACACAGACUCCGGGAAACGGAGGAGAUGCUGACGAAGAAACAAGAGUAUUUGGAGAAGAAGAUUGAGCAGGAAAUAGCGACGGCGAAGAAGCAUGGCACAAAAAACAAGAGAGCUGCACUGCAGGCUCUAAAGAGGAAGAAGCGUUUGGAGCAGCAGCUCGCUCAGAUCGAUGGCACUUUAUCCACCAUCGAGUUUCAGAGGGAAGCUCUGGAAAACUCACACACCAACACGGAAGUCCUGAAGAAUAUGGGUUUUGCUGCCAAGGCCAUGAAGCAGGUCCACCAGAACAUGGACCUUGACAAAAUCGACGAUCUGAUGCAGGACAUCACAGAGCAACAGGAAGUGGCCCAGGAGAUAAGUGAAGCCAUCUCCAGACCUUUUGGCGAUACUUUUGAUGAGGAUGAGCUUCUGGCAGAGCUGGAGGAGCUGGAGCAGCAAGAGUUGGACGACCGUAUGAAAAGUAUGGGCGGACUGCCCAGUGUUCCCAACUCCAAGCUGCCUUCCCGGCACGGUCCUCGUCCAACAACCAAGAAAAGGGUUGAAGAAGAGGACGACAUGCAUAUGCUGGCGUCAUGGGCGACCUAACAACGUCUUUGUUUACAACUCUAAAGACUAUGAAAGAGGAGCUGUCCUUGUAUUUUCUAUACUAGCUCAUUUUUAAGAUUUUUAAGGGAAAAUUGGAGCAUCAUGUAGUUACUCAUUAAAUAUGAUUUACAUUUUUAUGAUGCUUUUCAUUAGUAUGAAGGAAUAAAGUGAAACAAUCACUGGAAGAACUUUAGGUACAUGUUUUGUUUUUAUUUGACCUCAAUCAUCUAAUAAGCCUAAAUAUUAAUUUUGAUGGAUUUAGAAGUCUAACAAAAAUAAAAGCAGAUAUUUUUUAAGCUGUAAGUAGUUAAUAUGUGCAUCUAUGUCAUUAACAAUGUUCACUAAUGUUGUACAAUAAAGUUAUCGUCCACUUUA